UUCUUAAUAAUGAAAUAAUCAAUCAAUUACAGUAAUGAGAAAAACAAACCGGUGAUUAACAAAAAGGUACGAAAAUGUAGUUACUGUUGAAGCACAUGUCAAAAACCAAAAAAUCUCUCACUUUUUCUUUGCUCUUUGCUGGGUUCUCUCUCUCUCUCCAUACUCUUAAGUCUUCUCUUCUGCUCAUCUUCUCUUUCUCUCCUUCUCCGCAGACAUCAAUUCCCCUUUUUUGACUAAAAUUCCGCGACUUGGGGUUUGAUCCAUUCCCAGUGAAUCUCACCUCUCACUGCUUUUUUUCACCCCAGAAAAAAUAAAUCAAUCCUUUUCCCUGCAAAUCUUUGUUUUUCUCUCUCAUUUCGUCUGGGUUUUUUAUUUUGGGGGAAACUAUGGUGGUUGUUCUGAUCAAAUAAAUCAAAGUCUUUCUCUGUGUUUGUUGAGAGAUGGGUUUGGAGGAACCUGAUGCUCUUAAAAAAGCAGCUAAAGAGAAUUCGAAAUCGGAUAAAUCUAAAGAGACUGAGAAUAAGAGGAAGAAGAAGAAGAAGAACAUCAAUGGUGAUGAUAGCAGUAGAUAUCACGAAGAAGAAGAAGAAGAAGAAGCAGCUAGUGGUUGUUGGGUUAAGUUUAGGUUUAUGAUUGGUUGCGUACCUUCAAAAUCUGACCUUGAUGCUUCUUCUUCCUCUAUCUGUGGCACUACUAGCACUGUUACUACAGUUGAAAGCAAGUCGGCAAAUGAGAAAUCAAAUGAUCAACCAGUUGGUCCACGUUCUUCCACAACAACUAGUAAUGCAGAGAGCUCUUCAUCAACUCCAGUGGUCAGUGAAGAACUUAAUAUUUCUUCUCACCUCAGGAAGUUUACUUUCAAUGAUCUUAAGCUAUCCACUAGAAACUUCAGACCGGAAAGCCUUCUCGGAGAAGGUGGUUUUGGUUGUGUCUUUAAAGGAUGGAUUGAAGAAAACGGAACUGCUCCUGUCAAGCCUGGUACUGGCCUUACUGUUGCUGUCAAAACCUUAAAUCCUGAUGGACUUCAAGGUCACAAAGAAUGGCUUGCUGAGAUUAAUUUCCUUGGUAACCUUCUCCAUCCAAAUCUAGUUAAGCUGGUUGGUUAUUGCAUUGAAGAUGAUCAAAGGCUGCUUGUAUAUGAGUUUAUGCCUCGAGGAAGUUUGGAGAAUCACCUUUUCAGAAGGUCUUUGCCUCUUCCUUGGUCUAUCCGGAUGAAGAUUGCAUUAGGUGCUGCAAAAGGUCUCAGUUUCCUCCAUGAAGAAGCUUUAAAGCCUGUUAUAUAUAGAGAUUUCAAAACAUCAAACAUUUUACUUGAUGCAGACUACAAUGCAAAACUAUCAGACUUUGGACUGGCCAAAGAUGCUCCUGAUGAAGGCAAAACCCAUGUUUCUACUCGAGUUAUGGGGACAUAUGGCUACGCUGCUCCAGAGUAUGUAAUGACCGGUCACUUGACAUCAAAGAGCGAUGUUUAUAGUUUUGGGGUAGUUCUGCUUGAAAUGCUGACUGGAAGACGAUCUAUGGACAAAAACCGCCCAAACGGUGAGCACAACUUGGUGGAGUGGGCAAGACCGCAUCUCCUUGACAAAAGAAGGUUUUACCGGUUACUUGAUCCGAGGCUAGAGGGUCAUUUCUCGAUUAAAGGUGCUCAAAAGGUGACUCAGCUGGCUGCACAAUGUCUUAGCCGUGAUCCCAAGAUUAGGCCAAAGAUGAGUGAUGUUGUAGGAGCACUGAAACCACUUCCGCAUCUCAAAGACAUGGCAAGCUCUUCUUACUACUUUCAGACGAUGCAAGCCGAGCGUUUGAAAAAUGGGUCAGGUCGAUCGCAGGGAGGAAGCGGAUUUGGAUCAAGAAACGGGCAACACCAACCCGUAUUUCGAACACUAUCUAGUCCUCAUGGUCAACAUGGUUCUUCGCCUUAUCGACAUCAGAUUCCGUCUCCAAAGCCCAAAGGAGCAACUACAUAGCUCAUGCGUGGUGGACAAAGGCACAACAACAAAAAAAGCUAAAAAAGCUCAAGCUUUUAUCGUUUUAAAGCGGCAAGGAGGUAUUUUUAACCGAUGUUACAGUAACUCUUAAAUCGAUUAAUGUAAAAAACGAUGGAGAACGGUGAAUCCAAUUGGGUUGUCUAUGGAAAUUUGAUUUUGUCUUACAGAGAAUUUCUCUGUGAUUCGAGCUUUUACAUUGCCUGCUGAAAGCUUAAUCUAUUGAAACGUGGUAAAAAUGUAUUGAAAUU